AUUGGGUCUGUUCGUGGGACAGGGAGAUUAUAUAAAUGCAUAAAGUAAAAUACAUUUGAAAAGACAUUAUUAGACUUUUGCGAUUGGAAAUAAAUCUAAACAGCAAAAUACGAAUUGCGCGAAUAAGUGUAACUGAGUUUUUUUCCCCUCAGCUAUGUAGGUAUAUUUACUGGAAAUAGUUACUUUAUUUAUGAACUGUAUUUUUCGUAGGGAUGUAUCGAAUUCCUAUAUUGCAGUGACGUAUCUAAAACCAAAGCUUACAAAUUAACAGUCGAGGAUCAAACGGCUACAUUAAUCAAGACAACAGAAUGGUUUUCGGUUGAUAAGACCAAAGGGGACACGUUCGUGGUCAGAGAAGCCUUACUUUUCGUCUUUCUACGGACUAAGAUGGUGGGAAAUGUCAGUUCAAGUCUGAAGGAAUAAAACACAAGUGCUCUUCUUAUCUGAGAUGAUUGUGCUAUUCGUUCUGCUCUGUUUCUUGGAUGGGGUGGUCUCCCAGAUACGCUAUUCUGUUCCGGAGGAACAGGACCAUGGGACCUUUGUGGGGAAUAUUGCCGAGGAUUUGGGCUUGGACAUAACAAAACUUUCAGCACGGAGGUUCCAAACAGUGCCCAGCUCGAGGACUCCAUAUUUGGAAGUGAAUUUGGAGAACGGGGUGCUUUUUGUGAAUGAAAAAAUCGACAGGGAGCUGAUCUGCAAACAGAGUGCCACUUGCCUUCUGCACUUGGAGGUGUUUUUAGAAAACCCAUUGGAGCUUUUCCGCGUUGAAAUUGAAAUCGUGGAUAUCAAUGACAAUCCACCAAGCUUUCCUGAGACUGACAUUACCGUAGAAAUUUCAGAAAGUGCCACCAUCGGAACCCGCUUUCCGCUGGAGAGCGCCUUCGACCCAGACGUUGGCACCAAUGCGCUGCGCACUUACGAGAUCACCACAAACAGCUAUUUUUACCUCGACGUGCAAACGCAGGGAGAUGGAAACAAGUUCGCCGAACUGGUGCUCGAAAAGCCACUUGACAGGGAGCAGCAAGCGGUGCACAGGUACGUACUGACAGCGGUAGAUGGCGGCUUGCCUCAAAGGACUGGUACUGCGCUGCUUGUGGUUAAGGUGCUCGACUCCAACGAUAACGUCCCAGUAUUUGACCAGUCAGUAUAUACCGUGAGUAUGCCUGAAAAUUCCCCUGUGGGCACACUAGUAAUUCAGCUUAACGCCACGGAUAUGGACGAGGGUCAGAACGGCGAAAUUUUGUAUUCUUUCAGUAAUCACAUCGCUCCUAGAGUAAAGGAACUGUUUAAUAUUGACGCCCGGACCGGCAGGCUUGAAGUGAGCGGGGAGGUGGACUACGAGGAGAGCAGCAUGUAUCAAAUAUACGUGCAGGCAAAAGACCUCGGACCCAACGCAGUCCCUGCUCACUGUAAAGUUCUGCUCAAAGUGAUAGAUGUGAACGACAAUGCUCCCGAGAUCAGCUUCAGCACCGUGACCGAGUCGGUAAGCGAAAAUGCCGCCCCCGGCACUGUGAUUGCAUUGCUCAGUGUAACCGACAAAGACUCUGGGGAAAACGGACAGAUUCACUGCGAAAUCCUCGGAGACGUACCUUUCAAGCUCAAAUCGUCAUUUAGGAAUUAUUACACAAUUGUUACUGAUGGACCUUUGGACAGAGAGAACGCCGAUUCGUACACAAUCACGGUAAUUGCCAGAGAUAAAGGUAUUCCUUCUCUUGCUUCAAGUAAGUCCAUUAAAGUACAAGUGUCGGAUGAAAAUGACAAUGCACCAAUUUUUACUCAACCUAUUUAUGAUGUAUAUGUGACUGAAAACAAUGUGCCGGGUGCUUAUAUUUACGCCGUGAGCGCUUUAGAUCCAGACAUCGGACAAAAUGCUUACAUUUCUUACUCCAUAAUGGAGUGCGCAAUUCAGGGGAUGUCCGUUUCUACCUAUGUUUCAAUCAACUCCGAAAACGGAUAUCUUUAUGCCCUGAGGUCAUUUGAUUACGAACAAUUAAAAGAUUUUAGCUUUAUGGUUCAAGCGAAGGACUCUGGAAGCCCAGAAUUAUGGUCCAAUGCCACAGUCAACGUAAUUAUAGUGGACCAAAACGAUAACCCCCCAUCAGUCAUAGCCCCUCUUGGCAAAAAUGGCACAGCAAAGCAACCCUUGCCAAGAUCCGCGGAACCUGGAUACUUGGUGACCCGCAUUGUUGCCAUGGAUCCGGACGACGGCGAGAACGCCCGCCUGUCUUACCGUAUACAAAAAGGAAACGAAAAUGGGAUGUUUCGCAUGGAUUGGAGGACUGGUGAAUUAAGAACUGCGAGGAGAGUAUCAACCAAAAGAGACCCUCACCAACUUUACGACUUGUUGAUUGAGGUGAUGGAUCACGGACAGCCACCCCUGUCCUCUACGGCCAGCGUUAUCGUCAUGCUGGUCGACAGCAUUGUCGAGGGCCACAGUGGUGACCGGGGUUCAUCUAAAGCAAAAGAAAACUCGCUCGAUUUGACUCUAAUUCUCAUCAUUGCACUGGGUUCAGUGUCGUUCAUCUUUCUUUUGGCGAUGAUUGUCCUCGCCAUUAGAUGUCAAAAGGACAAAAAGCUGAACAUUUACACAUGCCUGGCCAGCGACUGUUGCUUGUGCUGCAGCUCGUGCUGUAGCAGGCAGGCGCGAGCCCGAAAGAAAAAGCUUAGCAAGUCAGAUAUAAUGCUGGUGCAGAGCGCUAAUGUCACCAGCUCCGCACAGGUCCCGGUUGAGGAAUCAGGGAGCUUCGGUUCCCACCAUCAAAACCAGAACUAUUGCUACCAGGUAUGUCUCACCCCGGAAUCGGCAAAAACUGAUCUCAUGUUCCUAAAGCCGUGUAGUCCCGCUAGGAGCACAGACACUGACCACAAUCCCUGUGGAGCCAUAGUGACAGGUUAUACAGACCAGCAGCCUGACAUCAUAUCUAACGGCAGCAUUUUAUCAAACGAGACAAAACACCAGCGAGCGGAACUCAGUUACCUCGUUGACAGACCGCGCCGCGUUAACAGUUCUGCUUUCCAGGAAGCAGAUAUUGUGAGUUCCAAAGACAGUGGACACGGCGACAGUGAACAAGGAGACAGCGACCACGACGCCACCAAUCGAGGUCAUUCGUCUGGCGCUGAUCUUUUUUCAAAUUGCACAGAAGAGUGCAAAGCCCUCGGGCACUCCGACAGAUGUUGGAUGCCCUCAUUUGUGCCAUCAGACGGUCGUCAGGCCGCAGAUUACCGUAGCAAUCUGCAUGUCCCAGGGAUGGACUCUGUGCCCGACACUGAGGUAUUUGAAACUCCAGAACAAACUGGGGACAGAUCAUUCUCCACCUUUGGCAAAGAGAAGUCACAUCACGGCACCCUAGAGAGGAAAGAGUUUGAUGCACUUCUGCCUAGCACACGCGCGCCUUACAAACCUCCCUAUUUGUCACGGAAAAGGAUUUGCUAGUUCCUUUCGCGUGGACAUACCUGAGACAGCAUGAAUUUGCACAAUAGUCGACCGACAAACAAAGGCAUCCGUUUCAGCAUCAUUACCCUACCUUACCUUUGGAUUUUUCUUCCUUGGGGGGACAGAGAAAAAAACGAUGGCUGCAGCGAAGGACCUAACCGCUCUCAGCAGGUCUGAGAAAUGAGUUGAGAUGGAACUAUAACGGAAGACAAAAUUUAACAAAAGACAAAAACAAGAAACAAAACUGUCGAGGUGGGCCACACCUCUCUGAUCUGUGUGUGCCUGUUUACAGCACUAUGUAGGUCCUCUAACUUCACUGAGCCCUUUAGUUGUUUAUAUUCACACCGAGAAGCCAAUUGUACAGGAAGUAUUUGUGCAUUAUAAAUGCAAUAUCACUGUUUUAGACUUGACUGUUUUAUAUUCUGUUUGUGUGGUCAGGUGUUUCCCAAAAUCUAUUCCAACUUUAUAAGGAAGAUUGUGGUCAUUUUUUGUUUUUUUUGUUUUUUUUGUUUUCUUUUUUUUUCAAAAAUGAAAACAACAAAAAAAAGCUUUUUUUCCACACUUUGGGUCAGGACAGCAUUGGCCCACAAAGUAAUUAGAGACAAAUCUAAUUCUGUAGUUUAUAUCAUGUGUGCAAAGUGUUUACUGUACUAUUUUAAAGCUUCUUAAUAAAUAUGAAUCUAUCUAUAUAAA